UAAUUUUAUAUUUCGGUUGUUUUUUUUCCACUGAACUCUAAAUACCAACAACAAACAAACAAACAAAAGCAAAAACAAAAACAAAAACGAUGCCAUUCUAUCAGCAAAAUCAGGCAAAAUCACCAACAAAAGAAGAAUUGAAUGAAAAAGUUAAACAAAUCAAACAAAGUGUAUCGGCAGCUGAAACAUUGAAAGGUGAUAAUAAUUUUCUUAAUUACAUCAUUCGCAAAGAACAAGUACUGUUUUCGGGCGUUUAUUCACAAAUAUUUGCUUGCCAUAAUCACCAGGAACCGGAUUCAACGUUAAUAUGUCGAAUGUAUCAAUCGAAUGCUUGUAUUGAUCCAGUGGAUGAUUUAUAUUUGAAAAUUUUACGUUUUGUAGGUCGUAAAUGUCCAGAUAUUGUGGGAACAUUUGAUAUUUUCUAUGAUCAAACACGACGUAUUUAUCUGUUUCAGGAGCUAGCAAAUCGUGGCAAUUGUUUGGAAUAUUUAAAAGCAGGUACAUUUGUCGAACCAACCCAAGCAAUUAGAUGGUCAUAUUCAAUAUGGAAUGCAAUGGAUUUUCUUGGCAAUUGUGGUGUCGUACAUCGUGGUAUACGUCCUAAACAUAUAAUGCUCAAAUCACAUCCAUUAAGUGGUACAUUGACAGCAAAAUUGGGCAGUUUUCGUGAUGCAAUCAUUUAUUGGAAUCAUGAAACCGGAACAAUCAUGAACAUGGAAAAACGUCCAUGGGCUAAUAUUAAGUAUGCAAAUUUUCAGGCACCAGAAAGUUUUACUAAAAUACAAGAUUCAAUUGAUACAAAAGAAACAUAUGAUCCAAUUAUGGCAGAUAUUUGGUCAUUUGGUGCAACAUUUUUCUACAUCAUAUCCAGACAAUAUCCAUAUGAUCUAUAUAAAGCAAACGAUUUGCAAACAAUUGAACAAGAAAUUCAAAAUCGUAUCAAUACGACUACGGCAUUGAAUGAUGAUGGAAAAAAAUGGUUCACUAAUUUGUUACAAGUGGAUCCAAACAAACGUAUCCAAUUCGAUGAUAUUGUUCAAGAUUCAUGGUUUCGUUCGGAGGUUAAUUGAUUAAUUUAAAAUUUAAUUAAUGUGAAAUGAAUGAAUGGAUUUGCAUGAGAAAAAUAUGAUUAAAACAAG